AUGUCUGGCACGCCCGCAACUGCUGACUUCACCUCUGCCCCCCUCAAGCGCACCAAGAUUGUGCUCUUGGGAGACCAAUCUGUGGGCAAAACCUCACUUAUCACGCGGUUCAUGUACGACACGUUUGAUAACACAUACCAGGCCACUAUUGGAAUCGAUUUCUUGAGCAAGACUAUGUACCUCGACGACCGAACUGUGCGACUGCAGUUAUGGGACACAGCUGGCCAGGAACGCUUCCGCUCCCUUAUUCCGUCUUAUAUUCGCGACUCGUCCGUGGCCAUUGUUGUAUAUGACAUUACCAACCGAGCCUCCUUUAUGUCGACCAGCAAAUGGAUUGACGACGUUCGUUCCGAGAGGGGCACAGAUGUUAUUAUCGUUCUAGUUGGAAACAAGGCUGAUCUCUCCGACAAGCGACAAGUCACCAUGGAAGAAGCAACCCAACGAGCCAACGAACUCAACAUUAUGUUUAUGGAAACAUCUGCCAAGGCGGGACAUAACGUUAAAACACUGUUCAAAAAAAUUGCCAUGAGCCUUCCGGGCAUGGAGAAAGACGGAACAAACGGAUGGGGCGAAUAG